AUGAUUAUUUUAUUCUUUCUAAUCUGCAUUAAAUAAAUAGUGAACCAAAAAAUCGAAAAGACUUAUUAGAGAGUGUAGGGUGUUUAAUCUUUCUCAAUAACCAAUUUAACAAAAGACGGCUUUCCUAUGAGAUCAAAGAUAACCAUAUCUCUUACAUACUUUGAUGGAGAAAUACCUAUUCUUUUAUUGUGUCCAAACAAACCAAAUGCCACUGUGUCGAUGGAAUAUGAUUCAAUCACAAAGUAAUUAAAAAUUAUAACUACUAGAGAAUAAUGUACUUAUGAUGCUAAUGCAUAUGAAGAUAAUAGUAAGAAGUAGGUUGUAUCUCUUUAGGACAGAUUAGAAAUGAACAAAUAUCAUUCAAAUUUCAAUAUUUAUGAAUUUAAAGAAAGGGGUUUAUUUAUCGGGGCACUUUCAAAACUGCAAUCUUCAUUCAAAAUUCACGCAGAGAUAAUACCAUUAUCAGGGUGUGCAAAGUAAAAAGAAUAUUAACCAAAUUAGAGAUUGUCGAUACGGAGGAAGUUGUUUUUAAGGAGUUUGUUAGUGCACGAAGGGAUCAUUUGGAGAUGAUUGCAGUAUUCAAGGUUUGGAUAUUUUGUAAUAAACAACUCUUUCAUCAGAUUAUUUAUAUUAUUUAGAUAUUGAAUAAUUAACUGGAACAACUUUUUUAAGAGUCCUAUCAAGCUCUAUAACUCUCAGAUCCUAAUGUUAUGCUGAAAACCCUUAAAUUAACCAUGGAACUCAAGUCUUAACCAAUUUGAUCUAAAUAGACCAUAAUAGGAUCUAGGAUUGCAAAGAUGUUACCUUUUUAGUUUCAGAUUAAAUGCAGGUACAACAAACACCUUAUUAUUUAUUUAAACUUCCCAAUUAAAGUUUGGUUGAAAUAAUCGAGAUAAAUGACGAAAAAGUAAGCAUUUCAACAAUUCUGUUCAUUUUAUUCAUCCCUUUAUCAAUUAUUUUUAUCACAUUUAUGAUUUGUUGUUGCUAUAAAUUGUUUAAAAACAAAGCAUUUUAAUAACAAAAUUUAUAAACUGAGCCAAACCCAACCACAUAUGUUGAUUUGUAUAUACCAACUUACAAAUUUUAAGAAAUCAAAGAUACUGAUGUUCAUACGAUUAGUUUAGAUUAUUAGUAUUGCUCAAUUUGCUUAGAAAAAUUUGAUCUCUAAAAUAAUGUUAAGAUUACGUAUUGCAAACAUUUGUACCAUUCAAAGUGCUUGCAACUCUGGAUUGAAAAAAUAAAAGUAACUUCAAUAUUAAUAUUAAAUUAGGUUUGUCCUCUUUGUAGAGCUCCAUUGGAUGAGCAAACUAUUAUAUCAAUGCAAACUCAAAAAUCUAUGAGUAUUAUUGAUUAGAUUACAAAUAAAAGUACUAACAAAUUAAAACCAUCAUAAGCAUCUCUGAGUUUUUUACAUAACCAUAACAUGACUAGGUUUUAAAAUACUAAUUAUCAACGCAGUCUAGCUUGCAUAGAUUAAUGA